UAAUUUUCAUCAUUUUUGAAAAACCGAACAGCAACAUGUAGUUUUUAUCGUAAAAAUGAGUCCUUUCGUUAAGACACCCGUAUGUGGGCAUACGUAUGUACAGGAUCGUAAUACGUUAUCUUAAAUAUAUCUUAAAAUAUGAUCCUCUAUAACAAAUCGACCCCAGUGAAGAUGGGAGUGGCAAGACACACCCUAGUAAGGCUAUAUAAUACCCUAUCGAACAUCCCAGAACGUAAAAGUCCGCUAACAAUUUCUUCUUCAGUCACGUUAAAAUACAUCGCUGAAAAAGUUUCGUUCGUUCGUUCGUUUAUAGUUUUUCAUUUGUUCUUUGAAAUACUUGGACAAGAGAAUAAAUUUCAAAGGCAAACCUAUGGGGAAUAAGGUAGCCACGUUUUCCGAAGACCAAUUGGAAGAUUAUCAAGAUUGUACAUUUUUUACGCGAAAAGAAAUUUUAAGGAUAUUUAAACGUUUCCGAGAGAUGGGUGAUCCUGGAAUGGUCCCACGUACGAUGACGUCACAGGAAGCAUCAACUUUACGCUUACCACUGUCUUGUCUUACGCGUAUUCCCGAACUCAAGGAAAAUCCAUUUAGAGAACGAAUAUCUGAAGUGUUCACAAAAAGUAAUAGAAAGCAACAAUCAGAAGACACCGAAGGUAUUUGUUUCGAAGAUUUCCUCGAGAUGAUGUCUGUCUUCUCGGAGCAGGCACCGCGGGAUCUGAAGGUCUUUUACGCCUUCAAGAUUUACGAUUUCGACGAGGAUGGCGUGCUAGGUGUUGGUGAUUUAGAACGCACCUGUCGACAACUUGUCCAGGGUGGUCUAACUAACGAAGAAGUAGAUACUGUGUGUCAAAAAGUUUUAGAGGAAAGUGACAUUGAUGGCGAUGGUGCUCUAUCGUAUCUUGAUUUUGAACAUGUAGUGACUAGAGCACCAGAUUUCAUCUCGACUUUUCAUAUAAGAAUAUAAAUUUUAUCUCGUUUGAUCAAGGAAGAAAAAAAAAACAUAAGAAGAAGGAGAAGUAGAAGAAAUAAAAGUAGUUCGAGUUAAGGAAACUGAUUAAAUAGCAAGUAGUAGUAGUAAUAGUAAUAAUAGUACACUGAUUAAACGCUUUUAACGAGCAGCAAGAAUAAAGACGCGUUCGUUUAUAAUUAAUGGCGGCGAAAAAGCAUCCUGGCUGGCAAAACAUCGGCCAGUGAACACAGUGAACGUUAUUUCGCAAACUCAUGGGAUAAUUAUUAGCUUGGUAUAAGAGUCUGUACCGAAGAGAUACUACUAUGUACCCUGUUACACGUUACAGGCAUACUUUCUUGCACGGGUUCUCCGCGAGUCGCCCCUGUUGAGCAACAACGAGCAAUGCUGGGUAUAAGUAAGCAGGCCAUUCAUUCCUUCUUUAUACGACUAUCGAAAGACUAAGAAGGAAAUCUUAUAUAGGGUUUAACGAUUUUCAACUAAAUUAUACGAUAGUAGCAGGGUUGAAGGGAGUUUCGAGAUAAAAAAUAUUAUUUUAUAAUUGUAAUAUUUGAUCGAUUAUCAUAUAGAAAUAAAAGGACAAAUAUGAUUGGUUAAAUGAAUCAAGACGAGAUAGAAAGAGAAAUUUUGAUCAAUCCGGUUCUCCGAGUCUCUCUUAACGACUCUGAAGAGAUAGUCGGAGCGUUCGGGAGCAUCGAGAAGAAGGAAUCGCGUACACGAGGGAAGGAGAAGCAAGCGCAAGCCGUUGUCGUCCCUUUCGAUCGUGUUCUACCUCUCUCUUUCUCUCUCUUUCUCUCUCUUUCUCUCUCUCUUGUUCUCUUUCUCCUUCUCCAGUCGCUUCUGGUGCUGUGGCGGGGUCGGUCGUCUCAAAAAGCGGUCGAAAUCGGAGAUACCACCCUGUGGCACGGCCGGUUAUAGUCGGCCGCACGGUAACUAACCGAGUCUCGAGACCAAGGCCAUCCGGUCACUUCUCGUCCUCUCCACCAGUCUUGCUGUCGGGAGGCCCCUUUCCCCGUAGAAGCUUGCUUCGUGAGGAGGAGCAGGAGUCGCUGCUUCAACAUUUUCUCUCCUUCUUUAUUUCUUUCUUUUCAAAUAUACAUUGUAUACGUUUAUAUAUAUACUUCUUUGAAAAUGAUCUUUUAGUUUUACUUGCUAAUUUCAUUGUUAUAUCUAACUUUAA